AUGACUUCAGAUUUCAAUCUCAACGACGCUUGGUUUCCAGAUGAUGAAGAUGAAGAAAUGGGUGGAUAUUCCGGCUUUAACUUGAACGAUGCUCCGAUUCCAGAAUCAGAGAUGGAAGAAGACUCUGGAAGUGAUGGCAAUCAUCACAUAAUCAAUUCUGAUGAUAGUUCUGAUGAUGAUAUGGAAGAAGUUGGGGACAUACUUCAAGGCAACACCGUUUAUUUUGAUUUGAACCAUCCACCACUAGAGACUCCACUCCAUCAAACAGGAAAUCAGCAACAAGCAACACAGAAUCAUCCUAAGCGCCGCAGGCUCAGCAGUCAAAACAAGCUUCACAUUCUCAUAUGGCUCCUAGAUAGGGCAACAAGGGGCAAAAAAGAAUACGGGUCAAUAACAGCAGCAUCAACUCACUUUGGGGUCACGGCAAGGACCCUAUCUAGGAUAUGGAACACAGCAAGGAGGCAGAAACAAGAAAUGCGAAGGUAUAAUCUUGCAACUCUACAUCACAAUGCUGGCAGGAAGAGAAUUCAAUUAGACAUUGAUGAGUUAACCAAACUUGCAAUGGGAGACAGAAUAUGUAUAAGGGACUUAGUUCCAAAGCUUGGCAUAACGAGGGGUACAAUUCAUCGAAUGAUUAAAAGGGGAGAUAUCAAGCCACAUACAAAUCCAUUAUAUCCUGGAUUGGGGGAUCCAAACAAGAUAGCAAGGAUGUCAUACAUUUUGGGUAUGCUGGUGGGGGACACACCGGAAACAAAGACACGGUACAAACCAAUGUAUGACUAUGUUCAUCUAGAUGAGAAAUGGUUUUAUUUGACAAAGAAAUCACAGAGAUGCUAUCUUGCAAGGAAUGAAAAAGGCAAACACAGAGCUGCAGCAUCAAGCAAAUGGAUACCAAAAGUAAUGUUCACAGCAGUUGUUGCAAGACCAAGAUUCAACACACAAAAGGAGUGCACUUUUGAUGGAAAAAUAGGCAUAUUCCCAUUAACAUAUAGUGAACCAACAAAGAGAAGUUCAAAAUACAGAGAGAAGGGGACAUUAGUGACCAAAGUCAUUGAAUCAGUAAAUCAAAAGCAAGACAAUGCAAAGGCACAUGUGACUCAAGAUGAUGCUAUAUGGCAACAAGUGUACCAACAAGGUGAUUUCACAUUCAUACUAGUGCAACAACCACCUAAUAGUCCUGACAUGAACAUAUUGGACCUCGGUUUUUUUAGGAGAAUUCAAUCAUUAAUGCACAAAAAAAUGCCAAAAGACGUAGAUGCAAUGAUGCAAGCAGUUCAUGAUGCCUUUUAUGAGUUGGAGCCUAAAACACUGAGUAAUGUUUGA